GUCGUUGUUCCAUGUCAUCUUUAAAAUUCCCGUGCGUAUGUUUUAGUUUUCUUACCCAUACAGCCUGCACACUUUCGUAAGGUAUUAAUUAAAAGUAUUAGGAAGUCAGUGUAAUCUUUUAUCGUCUGGGCUGAUUGCGAAGUAAUUAAAAUGCGUCUUCUCCCAUGCGUAGCUUUUUUCACAUUCGCGGCACUAUGUUCCACCGUCCACCCAACUACGGCAAAAAAUUAUACAGUGUUCGUAUCACCAUUGCGAUGGGGAUUUGUCGGAUGUGGUCGAAUAACCAACAAUUUCGCUGCUGCCGUGGAGAGUUUGCCGAGAUCUGAACACAUUCUGCAAGCUUUUGCUUCGAGAAAUGCGACCCGGGCGGAAGAAUACAAGGCACGUUUCGGUGCGUUCAAAGCUUAUGGAUCCUAUGAAGAACUGGCGAAAGAUCCAGAAGUUGAUGUCGUUUACAUUGGCACAAUAAAUCCGAAUCAUUUCGAAGUGGCUAACCUGCUGAUGGACCACGGCAAACAUGUCUUAUGCGAAAAACCACUGACCCUUAAAGCCGACGAGGCAGCAAAGCUAAUUCAAAGAAGCGAGCAGCUGAAGCUUUUCUUUCAAGAAGCCGUAUGGAGCCGGUUCUUUCCGGCUUAUCAGCGCCUUCGUCAGGAACUUCCAGGUCUCGGCGACAUCAAAACAGUGAUGGUCAACAAAGGUCAGACCAGUGGACGUUAUUCGCAGCGACUAUACCGGAAGGAACUGGGUGGAGGGGCGCUAAAAGACAUUGGUGGCUAUGCCAUCCAGUUUGCCAUCCAAGUGUUUGGAAACGAAAUGCCUGAAAAGAUUUCGGCCGUUGCACAGCUAAACAACGAAACAAUUGAUACGACUACAUCGUUGUUGAUCCAGUGGAAAAAUGGUGGAAUUGCGCAACUGGCAGUCAGUACGCUAGCGGAAAUGCCGAAUGAGGCAUUUGUUUUCGGUGCAAAUGGAACAAUCAAGAUUCCAAAUAGCUUUAUGCAACCGGAACAUUUCGAAUUAGAGAGGAAAUCCAAAACAUCCACCAACACCACGAAAGAAAAGUACCCGGUUCCGAAAGUCAAUCACCGGCUGACGUAUAGUGGCGGCGCUGCCGGCGGUACUGGCAUGGUAUACGAAGCGCAGGAAGUACGGCGCUGCAUGCAGGAAGGAUGGCUGGAAAGUCCGCAUAUGACGCACAAAGAUACACUUGCCAUUAUGAAUAUACAGGAAGCAGUGCUGAAACAGAUUGGCGUUAAUUAUGAUGACCUUUACAAGGAUGGCAGAUAUGUUGGAUCACUGCUUAAUUCUGUUUAUGAUGGGGUUUAACCUACAACGUUUCAAACUGUUAACUUGGCGGCAUAGUCGCUUCUUUCUCUGCAGCUUUUUUUAGUGAUAUUGAUUAGUAAGUUAACAAUCUCGUUUACCAAAGUGGGGAUUAUGGCAAAUCCACUAAAAAGGGCCUAUUUUCUCUGUAAGAAAAAAAAGCUUUUUCUGUAAUUUUCUCUGUAAAGAAUUGCAAAAAUCACAUUCCAAUAAAGCAU